UAACGAACCAAUUAAUGAAAACAAUAAUGAAUCAAAUAACGAAUCAAAUAAUGAAAGUAAUGAUGAAUCAAAUAGUGAUAGUGAUAGUGAAUCAAAUAUUAAUGAUGUUUGUCAAAUUUGUAAUCAUUUAGAAAGUAUUCACCACGUUCUAGAACUGCAAACAUUUAAUACUAAUGUUAGCCAGUUGAAUGCAUUUUCACAAAUUAAAAAUCAUAUCAAUGAAUUGCUUAAUUAUGCUCAACCACAUCAAUAUGGUGAACUUGCAACUGAAACAUUAAAACACGAUACUUAUCAACCUUUUAAUAAUGAAUCAAGUAACACCAGUGAUAAUGAAUCAAUUAAUAAAAAUGAUAAUGAACCAAGUAACGAACCAAUUAAUGAAAACAAUAAUGAAUCAAAUAACGAAUCAAAUAAUGAAAGUAAUGAUGAAUCAAAUAGUGAUAGUGAUAGUGAAUCAAAUAUUAAUGAUGUUUGUCAAAUUUGUAAUCAUUUAGAAAGUAUUCACCACGUUCUAGAACUGCAAACAUUUAAUACUAAUGUUAGCCAGUUGAAUGCAUUUUCACAAAUUAAAAAUCAUAUCAAUGAAUUGCUUAAUUAUGCUCAACCACAUCAAUAUGGUGAACUUGCAACUGAAACAUUAAAACACGAUACUUAUCAACCUUUUACUGGAAAUUCUGGAAAUAAACCACAUAUUUCUCAAAUAGUCGAAGUUCCAAUCUCGGAACCAUUUAACUCAUUUUUAAAUCUUAACACUCACGACACCAUCUCACCUUUAAAUAUCAAGAUGUACACUUGUCCAAAUUGUCAUACUCCAAAUUCAGUUAAUGUUGUUAAAAAUGAUGAUAAUAAUUCAGCUAAUGGUGAUUAUUAUACUUGUUUAUCUCACGGAAAUUAUGGUUGUGGAUGGAAAGGUGAACAUCAACCAAAUGAAGAAAAUAUAGCAAAACAUGUAUUUUCAAUUAUUGGAUUUAAACCAUUAAUAAUUAAUUAA